AUGACCAGCGUGUAUUCGGCAAACAGUCCUGUCAGCUUUGACGAGCUGCUCACUCACAUCAAGACUCUCCCCGUACCAUUGCUGCCACCAGCAAAAGCCAUCGACCCAACCUUGACCGACAAGAUAGCAUCCUUAUAUUUACAUCCAGCACUCGAGGCUCUGUUACAUCUUCUCAACCAUGACCUGCCUUCAGCCCAUUUCCUGGUGCGACACAUGCAGUCCGAUCCAGCAUUUGAAGCCAUGUACCUACACGGUAUCCUCCAUCGUAUAGAAGGAGAUUUCAACAACACUAGAGCCUGGUACCACGAUGUCUCGAGCUCCGAGCCCUUCGAAUUGGUAUGGGAAAAAGCCACAGACGAGGAAAAGGCCGAGGUGGAAAAGAAAAAGGAUCAAGGUGAAAACAAGAUGCCUCCUCAAAAAUCUGCUCGAGACUUUGUAGACAGCCUAGAAAAGCUGUCAAAAGGUCAAGGAGAUAAGCAAGCGCUUGCAAAAGAGAGCAGGAGGGAGUUUGAUGCUGUCCUUGACUGGUGCAUCAAAAAGUUCGGGACUGCAAAGCACACUGAUGCCUCGAAGGCUUGGGUGCAACCAAGUCAGGAGAUCAGCCAAAAGGGUCAGGACAUGGUCACUGGCAAUGGUGGCUUCAGAAAAUUUUAA